CUUGCAAACAUCCAGCUGUGCCGAUCAUCUCCAGCAAGACACUGACGUCUUCUCAUACUUUGAGACUUCAAACUCCAACAUGAUCGUGCUCCUGUUGUUGUUCGGCCUGGCUCUGGGUGCUGUGGUUCCUCCAAAUGAGCAGAGAUUGGUGUUAGAGCGAGGCACCUGUCCCAUGUUCUGGUACAGCUACAACGGCCGCUGCUACAAGUAUGUCGCCUCACGUUUGACCUGGGCUGAUGCAGAGCUCCACUGUUUGUCAGAGGGAGCCAACCUGGUGUCUAUCCACAGUCUGCAGGAGCACAAUUUUGUCAAUUCCCUGAUCGAGAACUUUGAUCCUGCUCGUGCAUACACCUGGAUCGGACUCAGUGACAUCCACAAAGAAGGCAGCUGGAUGUGGUCUGAUGGGUUGCAAGACAAGUUUGUCUAUUUUGCGACUGGAAAACCAGAUAAUGAAGCAGGACAGGAACAUUGUGCACAUACCAGCUGGGGCCCACAUUUUCAGUGGAGUGACGCUCCUUGUUCAGUGACAUAUGCUUUUGUUUGUGCAACUCGCAAAUGUUUUCCUUAGCAAGUGAGAAAACUUUUCUGAUUGAACUCAUUGACAUGACUUGUGUUUGUGCUAAUGAGUGAAACCUGCAAAAUAAAGAUACAAAUAUUCACAACUCAUUUUAUGAACAUUCAUUUCUAAAAUUUUUGGGCAGUAAAACGAGUAACUUCAAUGCUGUGUUGGAGGAAAUGGCUUUUGAAUUAUCUGAAAAAAGGUUUUUUUUUCCUCAUUGAACCACAUAGAAAUGCACAGAUUCAGAAGAAACAAUAGUGUUCAUCCAACGUAUGCUUUCUCAAGUGUCACUUUACAUAACUACAAAAUGAGUUAUUUUAUGACAAUAAAUGUGAUCAGCAG